AGAGAGAGAGGGAGAGAGAGAGAGAGAAGAGAGUGAUUUAAGACACUGAUUACGGUGGUUUGUGUCAGAACUUCACAGACGAAGAAGAGAAAGGAGCUGUAGAUGUCCAGUGUUGAACAGGUGAUUUCAUGUCUUUCAGGUGAUUUCUGGUGUCCGCCAUGUCACAGAAACCGGAUCACAGCGUGGCACAGGGCAGUGGGGCUGCUGGUCCCCAGGACAAGGCUGGGCUCACGGUCAACGCAAACGCAAACGCCAGCCAUGGAGGGAUCAUCAAUGCCCCCGUUAUCUGUGGCAACAAAAUUGAGGGCGACUUAAUCCAGAAUUUUAAUUCCGGACCUCCUCUACCUUCUUUCAAAGAAUUCCAAGAAAAGCUCAAAGAUUCUCUGAGAAGGAAGUAUAAGGAUGUCCAUGACAGUGCCACCCAAGAGAGAAGGGUGCCACUUAGUGACAUCUAUACAGACUUAGACAUCACCAUCCCAAAAUCUGAUCAAGUAAUCAAAUGCACAGACAUAUUCAAACAAGACAAGGUCAGAACUGUGCUGACCAAAGGAAUCAGCGGCACAGGCAAGACAAUAUCUGUGCAGAAGUUCAUCAUGGACUGGGUUGACGGAAAGUCCAAUCAAGAUGUGGAUUUCAUAUUUACCAUUCCUUUUAAGGACUUGAACAGUAAGAGAAAAGAAACCCACAGUCUGUUAGAUUUGGUUGGUGAUUUUGUCAAUGGAAUUCAUGUGCUUUUUCUUGAUCCAAAAUACAAGACAGUCAUCAUUUUGGAUGGGCUGCAUGAGUAUCAUUGGUCUUCUUCUCAUUGGAAAAGUGAGCUCUUCUGUAACAUAGAGAAAAAGGCUUCUGUGGAUGUGCUGUUGACCAACCUUGUCAGGGGAGAUCUUCUGGAUGGAGCACUCCUCUGGAUCACCUCACAACCAGCAGCAGCCGCUCACCUUCCUCCUGAACUUGUGGAUAUGGUGACUGAGCUGAAGGGCUUUAACGAGCAGCAAAAGGAGGAGUACUUCAGAAAGGUGCAUAAAGGAAGCGAUGGAAAGGCUGACAAGAUCAUUUCAUACAUGAAUGAGUCAACAACCCUCCGUGUCUUGUGUGACAUUCCAGCUUUCUGCCGGAUGUUGUCCAUUGUACUGAAGGAUACGAAAAAGACCUUCUCAAGCUGGACACAGCUGUUAGCAAACUAUCUGUGCCACCAUGUCCAACAGCUGGACGAAAGCCUUGCAGAAAAGGUGACACUAAAACUGGGAAAGCUUGCCUGGCAAAUGAUUGAAAAGGGUGAAGAAUUAGACUUUGAGCCAAAGGAUCUGAAAGAUUGUGGACUUGAUGCUGAUGAGCAUGCUGUAUUCUCGGGGAUAUGCACUGAAAACUUCGAACAACAGAACGACAAUCCACUCCUCAACUCAGGAGUCCGAAAGAUUCGUUUUUUCAAUCCUUGCUUUCAACAGAUUCUAGCUGCUGUGUAUGUCAUUCUGUCAUUUGUACUCAACAAGAAGAAUCCAAUUAAGCACACAACCACCACAUUGAAAUGGACGGCAAAGCCAACAAUGUUUAAUGUCCACAUGUCUGCUGUGGAAAGGGCCAUAAAGAACAAGAACAAAAACAGAAAUCUUGACCUUUUUGUAAGAUUCCUCCUCGGCCUCUCUGAGAAGUCUAAUCGGUCAUUUGUUGAGGAAUUCUUGAAAUUGCUUGACAACUCACAGGAUGCACCCCUUAAAUGGGAAGACGACAAUAAGAAAACAGUCGACUACAUAACGAAGAGGUUACGUGGAGCUUCACAAGAGUGUAAGAUCAAACUCUUUGAGUUUCUGAAAGAACUGAACGACGAGUCUCUACCAGAAAAGAUUAGUGAAGUAAUCCAGCGUCGUUCAUCAGAGGUUCUGGAUCAGAAUCUGAUCAUUUUGUUGCAGACAAAUAAGGAAAUUCAAGAGGAGUUUGAUAUGAAGAAGUACCAGUCCAACUCCGAAUCGGAUGUUAAACAAUUACUCCGAGUCGUCUGCGUUUCAAAUCGAGCAAAGCUCAAUCGGUGUAACCUGACUAAGGAAAGCUUUAGUCCACUAGGCAGAUCCCUCAUGAACCCUCACUCUCAAGUCAAAGACCUGGACCUGAGUGAGAAUGAACUUGGCAAGCUUGAAGAUUCUGGGAUGAAUAUGAUCUCUGGAGUGCUGCAGGGCAGCGGCUCUAAAAUUGAGAUUCUAAGUUUAUUCUGCUGUGGGCUGGAGUCCGGGGCCUGUAAAAGCCUCAGCCAAGCUCUGCAAGCACAGAAGCGGAGCCGCCUCAGAGAGCUCGACCUUGGCGACAACGACCUUGGUGAUCAGGGAGUGGCCUUUCUGUGCUCGGCCCUGGCUCACGAAAACUGCAAGCUACAGACUCUGAGACUUGCCCACUGUCGGCUCAAAGCGAGGUCCUGUAAAAAGCUUAUUUCAAGUCUGCAGUCAGCUGAGUCAAGCUUGAAACAUCUGGACAUGUGUUGCAAUGAUCUCCAGGAUUCAGGGGUUGAACACCUCUCUGUUGGAGUAACCAAACUAGAAACUCUGAGACUGGCCUCCUGCAAACUUACGGAGAAGUGUGGCGAGUAUAUUGGUAAGCUGCUUCAGUGUCCAACCCUGAAGGAGUUGGAUUUGACCGGCAACCACCUGAAAGAUGCAGGUGUGAAGGAGUUCUUCUCCAAAGGGUUGGCAAGUCCAGACUGCAAACUGGAGAAGUUAAUACUAAAGAAAUGUGACAUCAGGCUGCAAGAUCCGAGCUGCUACGAAGUUGUGUCCUCUGCUAUCAAGUCUGAAACGUGUCCCUUAAGAGAGUUGGACCUGAGUCUCAACCCACUGCAGGACUCCGGAGCCAAGGCUCUCAUUCCGGCCGUAGUGAACUUACCCUGUAAGAUUGAGAGUCUGAGUCUUGCAUGUUGUACACUGACGGAGGAGACCUGUAAGCUCAUCUCCACUGAGUUGAAGGCAGAAUGCCUUGAGAGCUCCUGCCUGAGAGAGAUCGACCUGAGUGACAACGACCUAAUGUGUGCGGGAGUAAUCGCACUAUGUAAGACGUUAGAGAACGCUGACUGCAAGUGGGAAAAACUCUGUCUGUCCCUAUGCAGCAUUAAAGGAGAUGGGUGUGAAGCUCUGGCCAAAGCCCUGACAGAGAAUCCGUCCCACUUGAAACAUUUGGAUCUGAGGUUCAACCACCCCGGAGAAAAUAGAGAUAAAAUGUUAAAAUUAAAAGACUCCACUGCACUAGGGGAACUCAGGAUGGAACAUGGCAGAGAGAUCCGUUUGGGUAAAGGACAAGACAGAUAUGAGUGUGAGCUUACGCUGAACCAAAAGUCUGCCCAUCCGAGGCUCUACCUGAAGAAAGGCAAGAUCAGGUGGGGAGAGUGGGACAUUCCGUCCCCGCCGCACCCUAACACGUUUGAAAGCCAGACACAGGUGCUAUGUGAGGAGCCGCUGAGUGGACGCUGCUACUGGGAGGUGAAGUGGAACGGCCUGGUCUCCAUCGGCGUGGCCUACAUCAGGAUUGCCAGGAAGGGCGAAGGCGAUGACUGCAUCCUGGGCCGCAACAGCUGCUCCUGGAGCCUGGACUGCAGCGAUUAUGAAUACUUAGCUUGGCAUAACAAAACCAAGACAGCAGUGGCACUGAAACCCGCUGGGUGCCACCGUGUGGGGGUGUACCUGGACUGGCUGGCUGGCACCCUGACCUUCUUCAAAGUUAAGAUCGUCUCUAAGAAACGCGAGUUCACUCUCCUCCACACCUUUGAGCACAGGUUCUCCCUGCCUCUUUAUGCAGGCUUUAAGAUUAAGUGUGAUUCGUAUGUGUUUAUCUGCCCACAGGGGGAAAAGCCAGCGUAAAAACACACACACACACACACACACACACACACACACACACACACACACACACACAGCAGCUAAACCCAGCAUUUCCUUCUGUUCCAUUGAGAGGAUAACACAUCCAGUAUAAAUGUAAUUCAGACUAAUAACUGUAAAUAAUACUCAAGAUUAUUAAUGCUAUUAUUUAUACUAUAUAAAUAAACUCAAGAUUAUUAAUGCCAUUUUAGGGACCAUCUGGAAGCGUAACCCUGAUUUCCCAACCAAAUACAUACUUUACUUUAUAAAGUAAAAACACAUUUCUGUAGAAUGCCAGAGAGAUUAUUUUUGUGUUUCUAAUCUUUUCUUAAUUAAUGUUUUCAUUUAAAUGUGUAAUACAGUAACAGGACUUAAUUGAUGUUAUAUAUGUAGCCUGUAUUUCAUUUGUAUUGGAUUGUGUUGCUGCUUCAUAUUUGUAAAAAUCUGAUUCAGGAAAUGUUUCAUGUGCCAAGGUUUGUGAUUGAUGUCCAUUCAAUGAUGUUUUUAGAAUAGCAUUUGGUAUAUCAUGACCUUGCAGAAUAUUUCACUAAAAUACAUCAGCCACACGGUGGCUAGCUUUUAGUUCUGAUGACGAUUUUUACAUUUACAUUUAGUCAUUCAGCAGAUGCUUUUAUCCAAAGAGAUGUUUACAAGUUUGUUGACUUGUUUGCUUUUAGACACACAAAAAAAAACCAUAAUUCCUCUUUAAUGUCAGAUGCCAGAGUUCUGGAAUGGAAUGUUGGAAUCUUGAUUUAGGUUUGAAAAGCAUGAGUGUAAACGCUCCUUGGCUGCCAUUCUAUGUCCUUAUAUGUCCUUCAGUCUUUUCUGUUGUAAUACAGAUGCACUAAUAAAUGAGCUCUAAUGAA